GAAACGCCGUCGUGGGAUCGAAUCCUUUGCUCCGUAGGACCCGAUGGGAUCCAGCCCUUUUUACGGCUCCUGCACCAAGACUCUGCAAUCAACAGCCUUAUUUCUAGUCCCCUGGGAAACCGCUCUGGAGCCUAAAAGGCUCCAGUUGUAUGCGUUUUCUUUUUUUUAGCCUGGAAGGGAUUAAACCCCUACCGCGGUUUUUCUGCCUGCCGCUCUACAGGUGAUCUGCAAUCAGCUGUUCUGGCCCCGCCCAGGCACCUCUUUUGAGACUGCCUAUUGGCGGAGGCUCUUCUGUUGCCUUAAAGCAACAGCUGCUCUCUCCUUUUUGCUACACUGGAUCCUCUGCUAUCGGCUGUGGAUCUGCUCCGCUGGAUCUGGAUCUGGAUCUGGAACUUCUAUUAUUAGGACACCAAAUUUUCUGAAAUUGGGACUAAAACAAGUGGCAUCACUCAAAAUGAGGGGCAUGGAGGAACAUGAUUCUUCAGUGAAAAAUCUGCAAGUGAACUUUCCAUUUGGGCCAUGUGCAAGAAGUGUUGGAUCAACUCCCAAAACUAUGCCUCCCACAUUUUACAGCAUUCACAGAAUCCUGGCCUAUCAGGUUAAUCCUGAAUGUUGGGAGUCAUAGAUCUAGAACAUGUGACAUUUCUUUUACCUACAGCUCCUCUUCGCCGGAUGUCCUCUGGCAGCGUGCCUGGCUCUUCAGGGGAGAACCUGAUUUACUAUUUGUUUGCUGGUGUGGCAUGUACUGCUGGUGGAUAUUAUGCCUAUAGAACAGUCACAUCAGACAAAAAGAGGUAUAAUGAACGUAUUCAUGCUAUUCAACAGAGUAAUACUGCAGAGUGGAAACCAAAACCCUGGCCACCACAGGGUGAUGAAAUGGAGACCGCUGAAGUCACUGAAGAAAGCAUGCAAGCCACAGAGGUACCCACAGAGGAGGCUGAAGAACUAACUGCUGAUGAAUCUACAGAACAGAAUGAGAGGUCUAUGGUAUCCACAGAAGCUGAUGUCGAAAAAGAAUUGCCAGUUGCAGAUGCAUCCUCUGCUGUGGAAGAAGUACAGCAGGAAGCCGCUGCUAGCUUGGAGGCUACCCAAGUGCAAGAAGUUGUGGGUGAAGGCUUGGAUGUUGCAGCAGCUUCUACUCAUGAGGACAACGUAGACAGUAUUCAAGAAGGAACAGCCACAGCAGCUCAAGAGAUGCUGGACACAUCUUCAAGGAAUCAAAAGGCUGUUGCUGAUGAGUCUUGGCAGGAUUCAGAAGGUUCUUCGGCAACAACUGGAUCUCAAGAAAUUCCUAAGAACCCUUAAAGUGAGCAACAGUGAUACCUCUGAAGAGUCUCAUGGAAAUAUGUAUGACAAUCAACCAGCUGACAGAUGUUCUGAAACCUAAUGUUCUUCCUUGGAGAUGUAAAACAAAUCUUGCAGGUUGUUGUGCCAAAAACUGCUUGUUAGGUCCAGUGAUUGAUAUUUUGAUCAGUAUUUAUUCCUUAUAACUUACAACCUAACAUGGCUUAGUUUAUGCCAGAGAGAAAUAAACUUUUGCAGUGGGUAUGCUCCUUUCUGAAUCAGAGACAUAGUAUACAGUAGUAUAGUCAAGGUACCAUACAGUACACACUAAAUCUAUUUACCAAGAAAAGCUGUAGAUUUAAUUAAAUCCAUUGUAGGUAAACUUUUGUUUAAGUUUUUCAUUUAAAUUUAGUUGUUUACAUUGACUCUUACCUGUAUUCUAGGCUGUGAUUAUUACAUUGCAAUAUUCAAUAUUAAUCAGAAAAACACUAUCAUUUUAUUUGUUGUAUUGAAAUAAAAAUGUUCAUGGACACAAUCUUGUACAAACUACAUAUGACUAAUAUUUUUAUAAAAAUACAAUACAAUCUUGGCCACAAACAAGUUUUAUAUUAUAAUUAGGAACAUUGUUAAUAUAUGGAAUAUGGAUCUAUUUAUAAUGAAGUGUUUUAUGUUAUUUUUGCAUAAACAUUUUAGAUUUUAUCCUUCUCCUCACAUUUCUACAAUGUCUCUAUUAAACAGCUUGAACUAAACUUUCAAACUAAGAUACAAAAAAGUAUAAUUCAAGAUUGGAAGUGCUUACAGGCACACAACAGUCAGAAGUUCAAAGCACCUGUUUACAAAAUAUAAUUAAUAACAAUAAAAAAAAACCUUCCAGCAAGGUAAGGCAACAGUUACACCACAGAAAAAUUACAGAAAAACUUGAAAAAUACACAUAAAACUUAAUAUGGCCAGUGAUUAUCAUUGGCAAUUAUACCACUGCUAGUAUCAAACAUAGUAUAUUUCUUAUGCAAUUCAUAUGGUAAUUAUGAAUCCUAAAACUAGGACUAAUAUUUCUUCUGUAAAACUGAUAGAGAACUCUGAAAAGAAAAUUAAUGUGGUGUAACUUACAUGUGGAUUUUUUCUUUCCAAUUACAUACAAGUGUAUCCUCCCCCCCCGACAUCCUACAGCAAGUUAUAAUGUUGUCAAGAUGAAAAUACGGCCCUAUCUCCAUUCCCUGUAUAAUAUGAGUACCGUAUUUUCCGGCGUAUAAGAUGACUUUUGAUGUUAAAAAACAUCCCCCAAAAAUCGGGGGUCGUCUUAUACGCCGAGUAUACAGGCGGCGGGGCA